GUCGGAACUCUGAUCGGACUGACUGUCGGCGAAUGAGAUAAACAAAGAGCCGGUGACUUUUAAAGACAUUUAGAAACUCUUGCUAACCCUCUUCGUAAACAUGGAGACUGGUCUGAGUCAGGAGAAGAUUGCCUCCUUUGUGAAGCGUUUGCGGGCAGAGCCCAGGUACCUGCUGGCCCAGAAUGUGUCCACAUGCAUCGACCCGCUGGAGGUGUGUCUGCACAGGCAGACGGUCCAGGACACCGUGCACAUAUUCCAGCACUCCAUCCCCACAGAGGGCAAGCCUAUCACCAACCAGAAAAACUCAGGGAGAUGUUGGAUCUUCUCGUGCCUCAACGUCAUGCGCCUUCCCUUCAUGAAAAAGUUCAACAUCGAAGAGUUUGAGUUCAGUCAGUCCUACCUCUUCUUCUGGGACAAGGUGGAGCGGUGCUACUACUUCCUGCAGGCCUGUGUGGAGACAGCCCAGAGGAAAGAGCCUGUGGACGGCAGACUGGUCCAGUUCCUGCUCUCCAAUCCCACCAACGACGGCGGCCAGUGGGAUAUGCUGGUCAACCUCAUUGAAAAGUACGGAGUUAUCCCAAAGAAAUGCUUCCCAGAGUCUCACAGCUCCGAGGCCUCACGGAGAAUGAAUGACAUCCUCAAUCACAAGCUGAGAGAAUACUGUCUAAGACUGCGGAACAUGGUGGCCAGUGAUUCCACUAAAGCCGAGCUGUCUGACGCCAUGGACACCAUGAUUGAGGAGGUCUUCCGGGUGGCGAGUGUGUGUCUAGGCAGCCCUCCUGACUCCGUUUGUUGGGAGUACAGAGACAAGGACAAGAACUUCCACCGCAUGGGCCCCCUGUCCCCUCAGCAGUUCUACAAGGAACUGGUCAAGCCUCUCUACAACAUCCAGGACAAGGUCUGUCUGGUGAAUGACCCGCGGCCUCAGAACCCCUAUGAGAAGCUGUAUAGCGUUGAGUUCCUGGGCAACAUGGUGGGAGGACACAACACCCUGUACAACAACCAGCCCAUCCAGCUACUCAAAAAGGCCGCCGCGGACUCCAUCAAAGAGGGAGAGGCUGUGUGGUUCGGUUGUGACGUGGGCAAGCAUUUCCAUGGCAAACUGGGCAUCAAUGACAUGAAUGUGUUCAACCAUGAGUUGGUGUUCGGGGUGUCCGUAAAGAACCUGUCCAAGGCAGAGAGACUGAUCUUCGGAGACUCCCUCAUGACACACGCCAUGAUUCUCACCGCUGUCACCGACAAGCAGGAUGAAAAGGAUGGAGGUUAUGAGAAGUGGAGGGUGGAGAACUCCUGGGGGGACGACCGUGGGAAUAAAGGUUACCUAAUCAUGACCGACGAGUGGUUCUCUGAAUACGUGUACGAAGUGGUCGUGGACAAGAAGUACCUGGCCCCCGAGGUGCUGGAAGUAAUGCAGAAGGAGCCCAUCGUCCUUCCUGCCUGGGACCCAAUGGGAGCCUUGGCCUUGUAACUAUGGAAACAGAGGGUGCCACCCCAUCUCACCCGCCCGGUCUCAACCCUGGUCUGUUUGACUCCGCCCCAUCUCUCUGGUUUUCCUCCUCCAUAGACUUCCACCCACCACAGCCUGUUCUCUAGACAAAUAAUAAAAGUUUGUUUUUUUUACUGGAAAAACACACGUCUUCUUUCGGCCAUUUUGUUUUGUCCAUGUCCUCUUGUACUUCUCUCCGGCACCAGUGGAGUUUAUUGCAAUUAAUCUUCUUUUUUUUUCUUUUUUUCUCUGGCUUCUUAAACAUUCUGCGGGAUGUAGAAAGCUCUGGGGUUGGUAAAAGGUCUGUAUGUACCAUCUCUUUGUUAGGGCUGGUUGAGGGUCACAUCCUACGUAAGUAGUCCAUCCCAGUCUUUCACCAGGAGACAGACACACACACACACAUCCACACCAUCAGUCCUAGCUGUAUGAUUGAGGCCCAGCGUAAUGCCAUCCCUUCCUCUCUGCUAGCUUCCCUAGGUCAGAGGUCAACCUAGAGCGGCCAGGCUAGAGUGAAGUGUGUGAGUUAGGCGGGGGUGUCAGGAAGAAGCGUACCAGUCACCAAUCCGGGGAGUUAUCGUUCACUGACAGCCCCUCUCUGAGAAAGGGACGUGCCGGUUCAGCACGGCAGCAUAAUAGCACGUCUAUGACCGGUUCAGUCAGAGUUUAGUGGUGGUGAUCAGACUAGUAUGUUUUGGUGAAUAAGCAGUAGGGGAAUCUCAACUCACACACACUCAGUUGAUGUGUAUAGAGACAUCGGUGAUUACGCACAAGCUCCCCCUAUGAACUCGACGUCUGCCCUGCUUUACUGUGAGCUCUGCCUGGAAUGAGGGAUGACAGACGGGCUGGCUGGAGCUCGAAGGUGAGGUGUCUGGAGGGGUCAGCUCAGUCCCCUGGAACCCAGGCCGUGUGAAGCCUACCACAGCCCUCCACUCCGACCCCACUAUUAAAUCAUUACAAGUCCCAGAGAUCUCCUGAAAUGACAAAACACAGGAACGGCCUGUAAUUGAGUUUCCAAGAACCCCUGAAGUAUCACUUUUCACCAUGUCUCUGUUGGCACAUAAGACUUGUUAUUGAUAAUCCCCUUUGGACGACUCAUUUUCUAUGCUUUGUUAGUUUGGCCCGCUGUUAUCUGCAGCAUCCAUCUUGAUGCUUUGUCAUAGCUAUGAAUGUUCCAGUGCAGAUUUCUCCUGUCUGUAGGGAGCACUGCAUAAGUGGACCAUACAGGUGCAUAUUGACAGCCCUCUCACCUUAGGAUCAUGUCGAUGGAUCGUCUCAGAGGAGGAGUGCUGAUCUCAGAUCAGUUUUGGCUUUCAGAUCAUAA